AUGGGCUCCCAGCUCUACCCCACGGGCCUGCCGCAGUACGUCCAUUUCCACCGGACAUUCCGCCAAGUCGACGAGUGGACGUGGAUCAUCGGAGGAAGACUUCUUAUCACGCUCCUCGACUCGCCCAAGGAUAAGAUCAGUUGGCCCGUUGGUGAUGGAGCGGGUUGGUACUACGCUUUCGAGGCGCCGAACCCGCGGCCGCGCUCAAGCCCUAUCCAGGACCCCAGCAGGUUCAAGCUGCUGCGUCACUGGAAAGAGGAGGGCGCCAUGUGGGAGAUUGGGCAGUGUGUGCUCAGGGUGCAGCUCAGGGUAGGGAACCAGGACACUAAGGAGGCAGACACGUUAAGAGCCCUCCAGGGGCGGCCCCUGAGCCUUCAGGUGCCUGUCGUCUACGCCGACUUUGAGUUUGACGGGUAUGAAUACAUCAUCCAUAGCAAGCUUGAUGGCUUGCCCCUCGACAGGGUCUGGAAGGGCCUGGAUGCAGACCACAAGAACCGCUGCGUGCUCCAGAUCGCGAGAUUCUGUAGGGAGCUCGCAUCGUGGGAGCGUUGUAGCAUCGAGGGUGUCGGGGGCGUCAACGGUAGCCACAUGCGUGACGGUGGUCUUCUCAUCCACCCCUGGAUGGCGGGCAACACGCCCCAGGCGAUGCUCGAGAACUGCGAGACCAUGGGCCUGGACUGCUCCAAACUCGUCUUUGCCCACAACGUUCUGUACCCCCAGAUGUAA